GAGCAGCGCCUCUUCUUUGGCUCACAGCUUCAUCUUCACUCUCUCACCUGCAACGGCCAUCGCGAAAGCAGCAGCGACGUACCCCCUGGCGAAGAGCUUUCCUAUCUGUUGUUCGAGAUGAACGUACCAAGUUCUCCGAAGCACGGGUGCCAGCCCCAACGCGACUGCCAUGGGCCUAGCCCCUGCCACGGCUCUCACCACAGGCCCCACGCGCACCACGCGCCGCCAUCAGGCCACCACGCCUGCCGCGAGCAGCGCGACUCAGGGGCUGCCCCCCGCCGGAGCGCGUGUGCCGGGGCGGGCGACAGCCAGCGCCACGAUCACGCGCACGGCUGGCACGGACACGCCCACGCCCACGGCCAGGGACAAGGCCACGGCACGGCGCGCGGCGGCGGCCGCGUUUGA